AUGUCACCCCCCGGGCCGGGCUCGCCACCACCGCCCUCACCUGCGGCGUCCACCCGUCGGCGUCCCGCGGCCAGUCCAGAGUCGGCGCAGCGCCCGCUCGCCAUGUGCGCCCCGCGCGGCCUCCUCCUUGUGGCCAUCCUGGUCCUCCUAAACCACCUGGACCACCUCAGUUUGGCCAGGAACCUCCCCACAGCCACACCAGGCCCAGGAAUGUUCCAGUGCCUCAACCACUCCCAAAACCUGCUGAGGACCGUCAGCAACACGCUUCAGAAGGCCAGGCAAACCCUAGAAUUCUACUCCUGCACUUCUGAAGAGAUCGAUCAUGAGGAUAUCACAAAAGACAAGAGCAGCACCGUGGCGGCCUGCCUCCCCCUGGAACUCGCCCCGAACGAGAGUUGCCUGGCUUCCAGAGAGAUCUCUUUCAUAACUAAUGGGAGUUGCCUGACCCCCGGAAAGGCCUCUUCUAUGAUGACGCUGUGCCUUAGCAGCAUCUAUGAGGACUUGAAGAUGUACCAGGUGGAGUUCAAGGCCAUGAAUGCCAAGCUGUUGAUAGAUCCUCAGAGGCAGAUCUUUCUGGAUGAGAACAUGCUGACAGCCAUUGACAAGCUGAUGCAGGCCCUGAACUUCAACAGUGAGACUGUGCCACAAAAGCCCUCCCUUGAAGGACUGGAUUUUUAUAAAACUAAAGUCAAGCUCUGCAUCCUUCUUCAUGCCUUCAGAAUCCGCGCAGUGACCAUCAACAGGAUGAUGGGCUAUCUGAAUUCUUCCUAA